AUGACUACCCCAGAAGAAAUAACAACGCGAAUAGACUGGCUCAAUGAGCACAUAUGUGAGAUUGAUUUGGAUGACUCAACAUUCAGCAAGCUCAAGGACAAAAUCGCACGGCUAUCGGCCAGGACCGCAGUCUUCCAUUCAUUGCAGGGCCCCGCCCGUCAGCUGCGAAACUCCUCUUCCCUUCCCCACGCUCAUGGAAGGCUCACCAGAUUUCUUGAAGUCCUGUAUGGGGGACAAACAAAAGCUAGCUCCGCGCAGGAACGAUGGCAGAAAAUACGCGGCCUAUCAUGCGAGACUUUGCUACUCAUCGGUAUAGCCUACAACCCGCUGGAAAUCACAAAAAUGGGUCGUAUCGAGUUCGAAUGUUUGAUGGAUCAGGCAGAACCAUACCUGAGUUCGAGGCCAUUGCCCGAAAAUUGGAUAUUUCGUAGGGAGAUUCAAAUGGCAAUGGCGACGAGCUCUGAUUUAGAAAACAUAUCUAAGCUCAGGAAACGGUACUUCACGCUCGAGUUCGACGCCGAAAUUGGGCACGAUAAGUGCCACAGAAAGCGACGCCGCGACAAUUCGCCUCCGCGAGACGAGGCAUCAAAUAGCCAAACGAACGACUGUCCCGAUUCAGAACUGCGUUUACGCCAUAGUAGGAUAGUGCGGAGUACAGACGCAUGCCUACUAGGUCGCCAAAACUACUUGCGGGAGCCAGAACCUGGAUCUCUAUCACCGAGCAGUAUAGCGGAGGCACAAAACACGCAGGUAUCUGGUGCACAGCUGGUCGCUCGAAAGCAAAUGCAAAAUAGGAGGGAAAUUCAAUAUAUAUUCUCGAAAUCCCCAACCGACCUCGCACCCCUCCUUAGGAACUUAUUAUCCAAUGCAAUGAGCAGAAAAACGGGAGAGUCGACAACGGAAUGUUUAACAGUCUUAAUACCCGAAGGGGAGGAAGAGGAUAUCUCCAUCACCCUUUGGGCUGGUCGAAGACCGGCGCUUCGAAUCAUCGAAAUAUUCAGGAUACAGUGGACCUGGUCAGCGUCACCCAACCAUGUAUCACCUCCACCUCAUGUUGAGCAGGGACUCGGAAUGACUCUUCCGUCCGUCAAAUAUAUGGCCUCGUAUAUAUCGCUGUUGCUCCAGUAUGUCUCUAAUCUAGGUCAUAUCGUAUCGUUAGCUAGGGCCGCACUCUCAGGUUCAAUAUUAUAUACCGCUUCAGCCAUUGUUUUAGUAUGUAGAGGACAGUUGAAAACGGAUCUAGGGAAUAUUAUCUAUCAGAAGGUCACUUUAUCGUAUGCGGUUUAUCAGACCGAACUCCGACUUAGAGGCGAGUUGUCUUCCUCGAUAGCGGUACCCUUUGGGUUAAAAUAUCAGCAAAAGUAG